AUGGUCAAGAGGAAGAGCGGCGAGCGAAAGAAGUUUCCCGUCGGCCGCAUCAGGCGCUAUGUCAAGAAGGACUGCUACGCGGACCGCGUCGGCUCCGGCGCCCCCACCCACCUCGCCGCCGUCCUCGAAUACCUUGUUGCCGAGUUGGUGGGCAAUGCGGCCAAGGACAACAAGACCCACAUCAUGCCGCCCCACCUGCUUCUCACCACUCGCAGCGACAAGGAGCUUUCCAACCUGCUUGACGGCAUCACCAUCGCCCACACUGUCGUGUUGCCCAACAUCCACUCUGUGUUGUUCUCCAAGAAGGCCAACAUGCACUAG